ACAUUGAAGGUGUAUGUGGAGGAAGUUUUCCCAAACAAUGGCAGCAGAAUUUUAGCUGACAUUUUGUUUCUCCAUGGAAUGAGAUUCACAUCUAAAAACUGGCUGGACAUCAAAUCUCUGCACCAUGUGGCAAACUGGGGAUACAGAGGUGUUGCUGUUGACUUGCCAGGUACAGACCAUUAGUGUACAGGGGUGUUGCUGUUGACUUGCCAGGUACAGGCCAUUAGUGUACAGGGGUUUAGUUGACUUAAGUGCACUAGGGUGUUGCUCUUGACUUAUGAGAUAUAUGAAAAUAAAUACAUCAUUUUAAUGUAGUUUUUAAAUUCUGGUUACUUUUAUACUUUUGUGGCUGGUUAAGCAAGCCUCAUGAACUGAUACAAUAAUUUGGGUUAAACCCCACAGCUAAUUAAAAAAAUAUUUAAUUUAACCUGCUUAUUAGAUAUAUGCUAAUUACUACUAAUUUGUUCUUUAAAAAUGCACCUUUGUAAAAGGUUAUGGGAAGAGCAUAAACAUACUAGAGCCAGAGAGCAAUGCAAAUUUCAUGAUGUCUUUGAUUUCUACCCUUGGACUCCAUCGCCCCAUCAUUGUUUCUCCAUCGAUGAGUGGAGGUUUCUCCCUACCCUUUAUCUUUGAUGAUCCCACAACAAGCACUGAGAGAUCUAUGGCCUUUAUACCAGUUGCUCCAGUUUCAACAAAAAAAUUUAUCAGCCAGUUUAAGAAGAGUGAGGUAGGUUGAAUUCUGAUGAGUAAAAAAAAAAUAUUUUUUCUUUUCCUGAUUAUUAAGCAGCUGUGUGCUUAACUUAUGCAAAUUUAGGGAUUAGAAAUUGAUAAUAAAAACAUAACCUACAAAUGAUAGUAACAGCAUAGUGUAUUUUAUUAAUUCAGUAAAACAAAAACAUUAGGUUAUGAUAUUGAGUAAUUUGAUGUUUGUUGCAAACAUAUUAUGAUUGAAAAACCUUUAGUAAAAUUUGCAAAUUGUUUUGCAUCGUAAUGGCCCAAACAGAAGUUAAUGUUUUGUGCAAUCAACUCAGAAAUGGUUUAAAUUUUAUAUAAUAGAAAAUAAUCUAAGUGCUAUAUUUUUUAAUUGGUAAAUGUUGACUAAUGAAUUUUUAACUCAUAUCUAUAUCUAUUUUUGCACACCAUAUUUUCAUAUGGGCCAAUUACACCAGUUGUGCACAAAUCAUACACUUGAAUUAAUAAUGUCAUUAAUGGAGAGAGAGAGUGAGAGAGAAAGAGAGAGAUUGAAAUGUGAACUUGGUUUGUCUUUUGUUUAAAUUAAAUGCAUUUUCAAAUAAUCUUACAGACUUGGAAAUUGAAAUAUUUGUAUAGUCUUUUGAGACUUUUGUGUCCAAAUUUUAUCAGACGAAAUAAUUGAAGAAUUAUAUUUGAAAAAUACAGAACCAUAUUAACCAAGAUGUUUAAAUCUCUAAGUCUAAGUGAAUCACAUAUUUUCUGUUUUGAUUAGAUUCCAACACUAAUCCUGGUGGGCACUAAUGACACUGUCAAUGGACAAGAGAGCACUAAGGAUCUAAAGAACCUUAGAAACAACUGGUAUGCACCAAUAGAGGGAGCAUCACAUCCAUGUUAUUUGGACAAUCCUGAUGCUUUUCACAGGCUACUGUAUCAUUUUUUGAAGCAGUUAGAAGUUUAA